AUGAUGAAAAACAAAUUAAUUGUUUUAGCUUUACUUGCUAUCUUCAGUUACUAAGUUUGCUGCUAAAUACAUGUUGAAACUUUGCAUGAAUUCAAUAAAUGGUCUGCAAAACACAAUAAAGUAUUUGAUCCUGAAUAGCUUAAAUAUAGGUUAUCUAUUUUCGCUGAAAAUUAUAAAAAAAUCAAGGAGCACAACUAUAACUCUUCUAAUACCUUUUAACUUGGACUAAAUGAAUAUGCUCAUAUGACUUCCUAAGAAUUUGCUGAAGUCUUUCUUACUCCUUCAAUUUCUAAAAGCUAAUAAAAAUAACCCAAACCAAAACCUUAGCCUUAACCACACCCUAACAAUAGCACUAAUACUACUGUAACAAUUACUCCUAUUGAUUGGAGAAAUAAAGGAGCUGUAACUAGUGUGAAGAGAUAAGGUAAAUGUGGGUCAUGCUGGAGUUUCUCUGCUGCAGGUCUUAUGGAAGCAUUUUAAUACUUUAAGACUGGUAAUUUGAUUGAUCUUUCUGAAUAAUAGCUUGUUGACUGCGACAAUUCAUCUUUUGAUAAAUCCUACUACUCUAAUGGAUGUAACGGAGGUUAUCCAUAGGAAGCUGUUGAAUAUGCAUCUAAAUAUGGUAUUGUUCCAUUAACUGAUUAUCCAUAUGUUAAAUAAUAACAACCAUGUGCAAUAAAAUCACCAACAACUAACGGUUACUACCCAAAAGGUGUUAAAUUUUUAGAUGGCACCGCCAAAGGUAUCUUGUAAGGUUUAAAAAGCUCUCCUGUCUCUGUCUUAGUAGAUGCAAGUAAUUGGCAUUUAUAUUAAUCAGGAAUUUUUAAUAAUUGCUAAAAUCCUAAUAUAAAUCAUGCUGUUUUGGCUGUCGGAAACGAUGAAUAAGGAAAUUACAUCAUUAAAAACUCAUGGGGUACAACCUGGGGUGUAAAUGGAUAUAUGAUUCUUUAAGCUGGUGAAACUUGCGCUGUUGACUAUCUACCAAUCACAGUAUAAUUGUGA